AUGCACCCCGCAGACCUGCCGAAAAGCUCAUGGAGUCAGGUCUACAACACCGGCCCAACUCGCCCGCCCCUUCGAAAUGGGCUAUCAUGGAUGGAUCCGACAUACCCAACCAUCGACCCGAGGACCCUCGAGGAAUACUUGGGAAACCCCAUUGUCAGUGAAAAACCAGACCCCGCAGCUCUCGACGACCUCUUCCUUUCCGAACGUUGCCAGAAAGAUCGCCAAUUUGGCAUGAAGACGUAUGAAGCUUCUUCGAUGGCCAGACUUGAGGCGUAUUACGCAAACCAAGACAAUGCCUCGGACAACCCAGAUGGAGACGCGCUAGUUGUGGACGAAAGCCAGUGGCUCAGGAUUUGGCGCAGAGAACGCUGGUGCGUCGACUUCAGGCAAGACACCCAGACGACGGGUUUGCCAACGUUCAUUUGGUCAGCAAAUGACCUGCUUGUUUGGCAGGAGCUGCGGAAAUGCAUUCAGCUGGCGGAUAACAUCCUCAGAAUGGGCGCGAAGGACAUCUGGUUGCAACAGCUACUCUCCGCAGAUGGUCUCGAAGCAGUGAAGGUCAAAAUUCCGCACGGGUCAGAAAACGAGGAAACAAUCUGGCGCUUCAAAGCCAACGAACACUACUACCCGGCAACCACAGAGGGCGUAUUACAGCACUUGAACGACCCUCAUUUCUAUUGUAAUGUCUACUGGUUGUUCAGAGAUGCAUUUUGGCAUGUCAUCAGCACCAAAUCCCAAACAGAAGUCGGAACGGCAAUUUCCUACCCCCAUGGCCAGCGACUGGUGAUGCCGAUUACUCUCGACGUGCUAUUUCUGCGAACACUCAUGGAUCCGACGGCAACUCCCUUCGCGAAGAAGACGGCCCUGUGUCUACAAGCCAUUACGGCCACCGACAUCCACUUUCUUCGAAGGUAUCGCCGCGAUCAAGAGCGAAUAGAGCGCAUCAUUGGUCAACUGCUGCACCCCAUCUCUCUGGAUGCCCAAGACACUGAGAACGCAUCUGCGGACAUUUUCGUCCCCGGAUGUCUCCCAAACUUCAUCGCAGAGCGCUCUACCACGGCAUGGUUCUUCCGCGCCAUCGGCUUUCUCAUGGCUGCUGCUCUGCCCGCGCGCCACCACGAAGGGACGUAUCAGUACGCGGAACCCAAAUGCAGAGAAGGCCUUGGGAUCCCCUGGAGCAUCCGGCAAAACCUUCACAUGAGUCGCGUCGAGCAUGAUGAUUUGCAGUAUGUUAUCGGGCAACUCUGUCGCUCCAGAUGGGUUUACCCACAGUUCAAGCUUGGGGAGCGACACACCGCACCAACAGCGCAGGGUGUACGCGACCGCCGACUACAGCUCAUCCGGUUCGCAAGAGACGCCUACGGCAUCUUCGAACUGUUUUGCGAACACCCUCGCGGCUUGUGGACGGUCUUCGACCAGGCUUGCCACGAGAUGGAAAUUCACCUCCAUCUGGACAUGAUCAACGAUUACGAGUCUUGGAUUCCGUUUCCCUUUCGAAUGCCAGAGUACCCCGGUGUGUGGGAAGACGGGACGGCAUCCGACUUGUUCCAAUUUGGCGCGAGCGCGUGGGAGGGUUGGAGUUUCGUCCGACCCUUGGCAGGUCAUCACAACACUUUCGUGGGCGAGCGAUUUAUGGCGGAAGAAGUGCCCAGUCCCGACUUCUUCCCACCUUGUCCGGCAUGGGCCAUGAGCGGCGUCGCCGGUGCCCCUAUUCCAGUGAGGACGCUUACCAUUGCGGACAUGUACGAUGAGUGGAAACGGCUCGGAAAGGCGCUCCUCAUUGUACCGGGAAUCGACAUGGAUAUCUACGAGUGCGACUACGUCUGUAAGACUCUCAACAUCACCACGGAGCGACAGUGGAUGGAAAGCGUCGAGACAAGCUGGUAUGGCCUCCAGCUCAAUGCGCUAGCAGCGGCCCGUUUUCGCGCAUCCGAUCUUGAGGCGAUGCCUUUGGGGCGGGCGGUAAGGAUCAUGAGACCUGAUGAGAUCUUCUCGUGCAACGGCGAGAACGGGAAUCCCCUCGGAAUCCGGAUCCGAAAUUUCAUAUAUGACAUCACGAGUCUGACAUGCUCGGACAUGAAGCUCUUGAGACUGUUGAAAAGUGCGCCAGGCCGGGAUCCCUCCAAGAAUGUCAUGAUGGACGGCUAUGAAAUUACAGAAGUCGUUGCAGGACUCAAGCCGUAUCGGGUUGGGAUGGUGUAUCCGACGCUAUGUAAGGCUGCCAACAAGCACUCUCUGAAGGUUUUCACGGAGAGAACGCUGCGAAGACAUGAGUUCAAAGAGACGGGGAUGUAUGUUGCGAUUUUCGGCAAGGUUUACGACAUCACAGACUACGCAGAGUUCCACCCAGGAGGUCUCAAGUUCCUGGAGGAGAAUGCGGGACGAAAUAUCACGGAACUCUUCGUACAGCACCACUCACGAAACCUCGACCGCGUCAUGAAAUAUUUGCCAGAGCUGCAUAUCGGAAGGAUGGUAGAAGAACGUACAGAGGUGACGCAGGAUCAGACAAUUGAUCAGCUCCACGGCGCACACAUCACCUUCAAUCACGACGAGAUCAAGUUCUACGAGACGGUUUAUUCGGUGACAGCUCUACAAGAGUCCGGAGAGGAUCCAGAGCUUGUUGAGAAACUCAGACCUUACCUUGGAACCGAUGCAACGGCAGAUCUCCAGGAUGAAGACGCCGACGGCGGGCCUCUGAUGUGCUUCGCGCGUCUGAGAGCUUACAUCGUGGCCACAACGCGCAGGCCAGACAGACAACUCCCCGAGAUGUCGAUCUCUGAUUUGGCGAAGUUCGAUGGCAUGGUAAAUGAGCGAGAGAAAUGGCGAAACGACGCUUAUGUGGCCGUUGAAGACCUGGUCUACGAUGUCACUGAGGUGAUUCAAUACGGCUCAACAUAUGAAAGGUAUGCCAACCUAGGACAAUAUCUUGGUCAGAAGGUCCACAAUGAGACCUUGGCUACGUACCUGAAGAACAACUGUGGCCACCGAGUCGUCGCCCGAAUAGUCUCCUCGAGGAUACCAUGUCCCUUUGAUCCCAGAAGGGCGCUGCCUGUACGAGCCGAUAUCACCGCUUGGAAAGCUCGGCCGAAACGAAAGAAGCCUGAAAGUGCCCCGAAGAAUCCUGCGCCGAAGAGGAAUGACAUAGCACCAUACCCGCAAACCGUGGACGAUCUCAAAAAGAAAAGAAAAGCAAAGAAAACCGGAAAGGGCCACACCUUUUCGCCUACUCCUUCUAUUAGCAAGUUGGACUAUCUGGUGCAGAGUCUUUCCAGGACGGCCCAAAUCAAUGGAGAGCCGCAGGUGAGCAACAAUUACGAAGGCACUCGCCGCUGGGUUGAGGCACAAAGAAUCAAGACUACUCGAGUGCGAGAAGGCAUAACUGUCAAAUUGCCGGCGAUUGAUCCAAACGCUCCCGCGGUUGUUCACCUCUCUACAUGCACAGGAGCUUAUGGGUCUGAGACUGAGGGUGGAGGCAUAGGAAGAGCUGAGGCAGACGAUCUGGUUCCCUUGGAGCUGAGGUCUGGAGGCAACCCGGUCCGCUUCACGUUAAGAAAAACCGGAUAA